UUCCGUCCAUUUCAGUUAUUCGUCACUACCACCUCUCUUUUUAACCGGGACAACAUGGCUACUGCGGCGAGCCGCUACUACAACGAGGACGGCAGGGCAACUAAAAGACAGAAAACCGACGGAAUGGCCACAGGAUACGAAGACCCACACAAGACCCUCCCCUCAGUGGUGGUUCAUGUCCGGGGGCUCGUGGAUGGCGUCACCGAGGCUGACCUUGUGGAGGCCCUGCAAGAGUUUGGAGCCAUCAGUUAUGUGGUGGUGAUGCCAAACAAGCGCCAGGCGCUGGUGGAGUAUGAGGACAUGAACGGUUCAUCCACAGCCGUAACCUACGCCGCAGACAACCAGGUGUACAUCGCCGGCCACCCAGCCUUCAUAAACUACUCCACCAGUAAGAAGAUCUCCAGACCGGGAGACUCAGACGAUUCCAGAAGUGUCAACAACGUCCUUCUGUUCACAAUCAUGAACCCCAUCUACCCCAUCACCACGGAUGUUCUUUACACCAUCUGCAACAACUGUGGGCCUGUCCAGAGAAUCGUCAUCUUCAGAAAGAACGGAGUCCAGGCAAUGGUUGAGUUUGAUUCCGUGCAAAGUGCUCAGCGGGCGAAAGCCUCGCUCAACGGAGCCGACAUCUACUCUGGCUGCUGUACUCUAAAGAUCGAGUACGCAAAGCCCACACGCCUGAACGUGUUCAAGAAUGACCAGGACACCUGGGACUACACAAACCCCAACCUGGGGGGGCCAGAUGGUGAUGCAGAUGGCAAUGGGAGCAGUGCAGAGGACAUGAACGCCAAUCCCAACAAGCGGCCGAGGCAGCCCGCUCUACUGGGGGACCACCCACCAGAGUACGGAGGCGGUUACCACGGCUACGAUGAAAACUAUGGCUCCCCACCCUACGAGGGUCGACGGAUGGGGCCUACCAUGAGGGGACGUGGAGGGAGAAGCUACGGGCCGAACUACGGACCUCCCCCACCCCCGCCGGGCGAGUACGGCGCCCACGCAGACUCGCCGGUCGUCAUGGUUUACGGGCUCGACCCGGUCAAGAUGAACGCAGACCGCGUCUUUAACAUCUUCUGUCUCUAUGGAAACGUAGAGAGGGUGAAGUUUAUGAAGAGUAAACCUGGAGCGUGCAUGGUGGAAAUGGGUGACUGCUAUGCGGUGGAUCGUGCCAUCACUCACCUCAACAACAACUUCCUGUUUGGCCAGAAGCUGAAUGUGUGCGUCUCAAAGCAGCAGGCCAUCGUUCCCGGUCAGAGCUAUGAGCUGGAAGACGGAUCGAGCAGCUUCAAAGACUUCCACGGCUCCAGGAACAACCGCUUCACCUCCCCCGAGCAGGCGGCCAAGAACCGCAUCCAGCACCCAAGCAACGUGUUGCACUUCUUCAACGCGCAGCCCGACGUCACAACAGAGAUCUUCUCUGAGAUUUGCGAGGAGAUUGGUGUGAAGAGUCCCGUUAAUGUCAAAAUGUUCACCGGAAAGAGCGGCGCUGCCCCCAGUGACCGCAGCGCGUCGGGUCUGUUGGAGUGGGAAUCCAUCAACGACGCUAUGGAAGCCCUGGCCCUGAUGAACCACUACCAGAUGAAGAACCCAGAGUCUGUUGUGUGCGUUCCAGCCGGUCCGUACCCGUACACCCUGAAGCUUUGCUUCUCCACUGUCCAGCACGCCAACUGAGGCCGUUUGAAUCGUGAGGAUGAAGUCUGGUCCGUCAUUCCCACGUUUUUCAUGACUGCUCACCGCAAAUGUAACUUUAAAACAAAAACCAUAAACUGAAGCAUUUCACUGUUCAGGAAAAAAUCCUUACGUGCGCGUUCAUGUUUGAUAUAAUGACUAGAAUAUAAACUAAAUUUUUGGUAUUUAUGCCCCACAAUGGUGUCAGUUCCAGAUUAUUGGACUGCAAGUUGUCUUUUACUUUGAUAUGAAGCUAAGCAGCAUGUUGGUUCUCUGCUGUUAUGAUCAGGUGGUUCUUGAGCAGCGGAACAGGAAGUUGUACUUUGAAAUUUUAUAUCUUGUUUUUCUUUCAUUUUAAGUGCUGCCUGUUCAGUUUUGUGUCUGUGUCCGAAGGUGGAGAAUUUUGUUCUAAGAAAAUAAACAAAUUAAAAAAUGGA